AUGUCACAAGAAGCUAUUGAUGAAACAGAUAUCAACCUAACAAAGGCUCCAUUAUACUCUAUCUAUGAUAAUGAUCUUGACAAAGAUAAUGAUGAUAAUGAAAUUUACAACUCUUUGAAUUCAAAUAUCGAAAAGAAUAAAGUUAAUGAAAGCCAUACAAUUGUUCAUACCCCAAAACCUCAUUUAUUUAAAAAAAUACUAAAAUUGACAGCAAGUUUAUUGAUACUUUCAGCAUCAGGUAUUUUAUACAAUCAACUUGGCCAACAUAUCCAUGAUAAUCACAUUUUAGUUCCAGAACUAGCGUCAAAACCAUUAGAUAUUGGUAUUAAAAUCAGUAAUCAAUUAGUUUUCAAUGGAGUUGCGCCAAAGUGGUUAAUUUACUCAAUAGAGGGUAUUUUGUUUGGGUUAGUUCAACCAAUUUUUGAUAAAUAUAUUUUUAGAUCAAAACCAUAUAGUAAGGAUUCAAGCUCAACACCAUUUGGAAUUGAUACAUCUUCAAUUGUUAGAGCUGCUGUUGCAUUUUUAGGUGUUUCAUUUGCUGUUCGUAAGAUUGAAUGGAGUUCUUCCAUCCAGGCUUCAAUUGCUUGGUCCUUGUUAAGUCCUUGUUUAUGGUUAUUAUUAGAUGGCACGCUUUCUGGAUUUUUCACAGGAGUUUUCGUUGCCUCAAUUGCUAGUUUCAGUGUUAUUGUUUUCGAAGGGCUACCAAAGAAUUGGUAUCAAGAUUUUGAAUUCACAGCUGUAAUGUUAUGGUUAGGAAAUUUCUUCUUCUUUGGUUUAAUAAUCUUUGGAAAGAUUGGAAGAUAUCUAUUUGAAUAA